AUCACAAAUGUCAACCUUAUUGUGGCACCAUGAAUUUCUUUACAGAAUUUCAAGUAGAUGUUGAGAUAUUUCACAGGAAAAGGGAAAACUUUGACCUGCUAGUGGUGAUAUAGGAAAGGGUCAAGGGAUCCACCAGAUCACCAGAGUCACUAGGAUUCAUCCUCUGGAGACCAUGAAUUUACGCAACAAAAGCUCAUGGGAAGGGAGCCAGCCAGCCAGUGGGAGGGGAGAGUAAUUCAACUCAACAGUAAUUCAAGAGUGGGAGAGCAAUAAUCAACUCUUUGCUGUUACUCUCAAGAUAUUCAAGGAAUCAGUCAUGGCUGCAGAAGUAAAGCAGACUUGUUAUGAAGGCAGUUCUGUCCAAAGCUUUCAGUUCUACCUUGAGCAUUCGGGGGAGCACAAGGCCAUUCUCCACUGGGUUCAAAAAAUCCUGCCAGGAGAAUUUAAAAGAAUUGGAGCAGGUAAAAGCAGCCUGGAUGUUCUUGGUGUUGGAAGUGGUGGAGGGGAGUUGGAUGUCCAGAUGUUCUCUCUCCUGCAGUCUACAUUCUCUGCUGUUCCCAUCUCUGCUGACAUUGUGGAGGGCAGCACUGAACUCGUGGACAACUUCAAAGCAUUGGUAGCAAAGACUGCCAACCUUCAGAAGAUCCCAUUUGUUUGGCAUAUCAUGAAAAGUGAGGAGUAUGAGAAGCAAGUCAAAGCAAAGGGAGACAUGAAGAGAUUUGACUUCAUAAACAUGAUUCAGAUGCUCUACUAUGUGGAUGACCUCGCAGAAACAAUCAAGUUCUACCGCAGCCUACUGAAAAACAACGGCAAGCUUAUGAUCAUCAUUGAAACAGGCAAAGCUGGCUGGGACACACUGUGGAGCGCUUACAAGAAGGAGCUCUGCGUUGAUGCCAUCACGGAGUACCGCUCAUCAGAAGAUGUUGUAGCCUGCCUGAAAAAACAAGGCCUGAAAUAUGAGGAGCAUGUCAUUCCCAACACCUUUGACAUCACUGAGUGCUUCAAUCCAAGCAGCAAGACUGGCGAACGUCUGCUAAAUUUCAUGACAGCGAAUGACCACUUCUACCAGUCCUUCACCCCAGAGAUCAGAGCAGGCAUCUUAGACCUUCUCAGAAACAAGUGCAGCACUGAAAAAAAUGGCAAGAUAUUAUUUAACAGUAAUCUUAGCUGCAUACUUGUUUACGCUUGAGCAUGUCCAAUGGAAAAAUAUUCAUACAUUUUCAUUUCUCUUCUUAAAUUCAUGUAAAUAUUUGAUCAAAAGUACAGUGUAUUUGCCUGUGGCUUGGAUUAGAUUUACCAUUUGAAGUGGUUUUCUGUAUCUUUAGUCAACUUUAGUAUUCAACAGACUCAGUUACUUUGUAUGUUGACCAAAAUUAUGAAUAAAAAUAA